CACGAAAAUCAUGGCGCAGCCCAAAUGGAGGUUCUUGAUCUCUCGGGUGUUAGCGUCACUAUCAAACUACAUUUCAUCACUUGGAUGAUCAUGAAUUCUUCUUGUCCUUGAAAUUGUUUCCCCAUCGUUCUCAGGUAGCAAAGACUAUGGCACCGCUUAACGAAAUCCUUCGCCGCAACUUCGACGCCGGUGCGCCAGCGCGGGCGUUCAAGGCACAAUGGUCAAGCAUGGGAGACGUGUUUUCGGUGCUGUUGAUUCUGGGUGGUGAUGUGAUUGAGCGAGCACUGGCACAACUGGUUGGAUCAGGCAUCACACCCGUGGCAUUUUCAUUUGGAUGGGUGGCGUAUGCAGUGUCAGCAGUCAACUCGGCGGUGGGAGAGAACCGUCUCAUGCCCCUUCCAGACUGUGACUGCAAAGUGAUCAACCGCAAGACAGGCUACGAUCGAGGAAACACGAGCUGGAUCAUUGGACGAAUAAUGCGCGACUUUGAGAGUUGGAAAGACGAUGAUACACCAGAAAAUGACAAGAUUGGAGACAAGGUCAACGCGGUCAUCGAGUCGGUGUGGAAAUACCAGAAGAAAGAGGCAGACAAGGAGCACGAGGGUUCUGGAGCGUUCGUGCCUCGUCCAGCGCAGGCUGGUUUGUGCAUCAGCGUGUGGGAGGCAUUGCCCACCAAGAAGGGCCAUCCUGGUCGUGACUUGGUCUACUACAUUGGGUUUAUAACCACGAUUGUACAAUUGGGCAUCGCCGCCAUACCAUGCGGUCUCUACGGCGACUGGGGGAUCAUCAUGGUGACGGGUGCAGGAAUUAUCCUGUCGUUCCUGUCCGGCAGUCUACCACAAUGGAAGGAGGAGAAAUGGGCAUGUCGCGAGAACGCAAAGAAAGAUGUCAUUAUCACGCGUGGCAAUGGAGCACAACACGCUCUCUUGAUCUUGGGCAGCCAAGGUGGACUGGACCUGGAAGAUCUGGCCGCAGGGCAGACGAACCUGGACUUUUCCAAGUCUUGGGCCACACGACUGGUGGUCAUCGGCCUCGCCACGCUGUGGGUGUUGCUACUCGUCACGGCGUCCAGUCUGAGUGACAACGCCUGGUUCUUGCUGGCCGUCGGUGGCAUUGGCAUCCUACAAAACAUCUACGUCGCCGCUUGGAGGCGCAAUCCUCGACAAUUUGGUAUCCCGCUCAAAUACAAGGAGAGUAUCAUGGAGCGAAAGGUCAUGGACGCAUUGUAUACAGCAGAGCAAAAGUACCCUCGUACGGGUCUGAAUCUGUUGCCGACAUUCUUCCCUGGGAAGUUGCGUGAUGGCGAGCAGAGGAUAUGGGAUUCAUACGAGGAAAUAGCAAAUGGAGGAAGUGGAAAUGGGACUGCAAAUGGGAGUGCAGGUGGAGGUGCAACUGCCACAUCUACGGGUGUUGACACAGCACCUGCUGCUUCUGCUUCUUCUGCUUCUUCUGCUCCUUCUGCUCCUGCACCGAAUGCAACAGCUACAGCAGCAGGAGCAACUUCUUCACCCCCAACACAACCAUCAUCUUAGGCGGCAGAACCAUCCUCAACGGGUGUAUCUGUGAAUUCUUGAUUCAUGGAAUGGGAAUUUCGGUAAUUUGAGAUUAAGAGUAUUCAGAUAUUCUAUCAAAUCAAAUUCUGUUGUUC